AUGCUUACAAAGAACUGCUUAUCCCUGCUUCUCUGGGUCCUGUUUGAUGGAGGUCUCCUAACGCCACUGCAUCCACAGCCACAACAGACUUUGGAAGGAGAGCCAAGACAAAAUGUUGUACCAGUGCCAGGGAGGAGAUCAUCUGCCCAGCGAGUCAAACGAGGCUGGGUGUGGAAUCAAUUCUUUGUGCUGGAGGAAUACAUGGGCUCUGAACCUCAGUAUGUGGGAAAGCUCCAUUCUGAUUUGGACAAGGGAGUGGGAACUGUUAAAUACACCCUUUCAGGAGAUGGUGCUGGCACGGUUUUUACCAUUGAUGAGACCACUGGAGACAUUCAUGCCAUAAGAAGCCUUGAUCGAGAAGAAAAACCUUUCUACACACUCCGGGCUCAGGCUGUGGAUGUUGAUACCAAGAAACCACUAGAGCCUGAAUCAGAGUUCAUCAUCAAAGUACAGGACAUUAAUGAUAAUGAGCCAAAGUUCCUGGAUGGGCCUUAUGUUGCCAGUGUCCCAGAAAUGUCUCCAGUAGGUGCAUAUGUGCUUCAAGUAAAGGCCACAGAUGCUGAUGAUCCCACUUAUGGAAACAGUGCUAGAGUGGUUUACAGCAUUCUUCAGGGGCAACCGUAUUUCUCCAUUGAUCCAAAGACAGGUGUAAUAAGAACAGCUUUGCCAAACAUGGACAGAGAAGUGAAAGAACAAUAUCAAGUUCUAAUUCAAGCCAAGGACAUGGGAGGACAACUGGGAGGACUUGCUGGUACUACUACUGUAAACAUUACUCUCACGGAUGUCAAUGACAACCCACCCAGAUUUCCUAAGAGUAUCUUCCAUUUAAAAGUACCUGAAACAUCUCACAUUGGUUCUGCUAUCGGAAGAAUCAGAGCUGUGGACCCUGAUUUUGGGAAAAAUGCAGAAAUUGAGUACAACAUAGUUCCAGGAGAUGGAGGAAACUUGUUUGACAUCACAACAGAUGAGAACACCCAGGAAGGAGUCAUCAAACUGAAAAAGCCGUUAGACUUUGAAACAAAAAAGGCAUAUACCUUUAAAGUGGAGGCUUCCAAUCUCCAUCUCGACCAUCGAUUUCACUCAGUGGGUCCAUUCAAAGAUACUGCCACUGUGAAGAUAAAUGUAUUGGACAUGGAUGAACCUCCAGUUUUCAGCAAGCCCAUGUACACAAUGGAGGUUUAUGAGGAUACACCUGUGGGGACCAUUAUAGGUGCAGUAACAGCACAAGACCUUGAUGCCGGCAGCAGCUCGGUUAGAUACUUCAUUGAUUGGAAGAAUGAUGUGGGCAGCUACUUUACAAUAGAUGCUACUGAAGGAACCAUUGCUACUAAUGAAUUACUGGACAGAGAAAGCACGGCACAGUACAAUUUCUCUAUACUUGCAAGUAAAAUUAGUAACCCACUAUUAACCAGCAAAGUCAACGUUAUAAUAAAUGUCCUGGAUGUCAACGAAUUUCCUCCUGAAAUUUCGGUCCCAUAUGAAACUUCUGUAUGUGAAAAUGCCAAACCAGGACAGGUGAUACAGACUGUCACAGCAGCAGACAAAGAUCUGUCACCAGCUGGGCAAAGGUUUUCAUUCCGACUGUCAGCUGAGGCUUCCAACAAACCAAAUUUCACAGUCCAUGACUACAGAAACAACACAGCUGGGAUUGAAACCAGGAGAAAUGGUUACAGCAGAAGGCAGCAAGAACUGUACUUUCUUCCAGUAGUAAUAGAAGAUAGCAGUUAUCCCGUCCAGAGCAGCACAAACACAAUGACUAUCCGUGUUUGCAGAUGUGAUUCUGAUGGCACCAUCCUUUCCUGCAAUGUGGAAGCAAUCUUCUUACCAGUAGGCCUCAGUACAGGAGCGCUGAUUGCAAUUUUGUUGUGUAUUGUUAUACUUCUAGUCAUUGUAGUACUGUAUGUAGCAUUACGGAGGCAGAAGAAAAAGGACACACUCAUGACCUCUAAAGAAGACAUCCGAGAUAAUGUCAUCCAUUAUGAUGAUGAAGGAGGUGGAGAAGAGGACACCCAGGCUUUUGACAUAGGUGCCCUGAGGAAUCCCAAAGUGAUUGAAGAUAACAAAAUGCGCAGGGACAUAAAACCAGACACCUUGCGUUUUCCUCGUCAGAGACCCGCAGCUGAAGACAACACAGACAUAAGAGAUUUCAUCAACCAAAGGCUGCAGGAAAAUGACGUAGAUCCAACUGCACCCCCUUAUGACUCCUUGGCAACCUAUGCUUAUGAGGGAAAUGGAUCUGUUGCAGAGUCUCUCAGCUCUAUAGACUCCCUCACUACUGAAGCAGACCAGGAUUACGACUACCUGAGUGACUGGGGACCUCGCUUUAAGAUAUUGGCAGACAUGUUUGGAGAAGAAGAAAGUUAUAACCCUGACAAAGUCACUUAA